GCCCCUCUCUGGCCGUGCCUUGGACUGGUGUGAUUGGAGGGAAACCCCGUGCAUUCAGAUUACAUUCAGACGGACUAGCCGAGAGAAUCAGCUGUCGCUUGGUACACCGACACCGCUGCUAUCUACCAGUACUCAGUGAGCAGUCAUGACCGAUAGACGGACAGAGCUGGUGACGAAGGCCAAGUUGGCUGAGCAGGCUGAGCGCUAUGAUGACAUGGCUGCUGCGAUGAAGGCUGUGACAAUGGAAAAAGCGGAGCUGACGCACGAGGAGCGCAACCUGCUGUCGGUAGCCUACAAGAAUGUGGUGGGUGCCCGCCGCUCCUCAUGGCGCCUGGUGUCCAGCGUUGAGCAGAAAUCCGAUGGCAGCGAAAAAAAGAAGGCCAUGGCCAAAGAGUACCGGGAAAAGAUUGAAGGCGAGCUAGAAGGAAUCUGCCAUGAAGUGCUGGGUCUGUUGGCGGAAUUUCUCAUUCCUGAGGCUUGCGUAACAGAGAGCAAAGUCUUCUAUUUGAAAAUGAAAGGAGAUUACUACCGCUACUUGGCUGAGGUGGCUACAGGAGACAAGAAGAAUGCCUCCAUUUCAGACUCAAAGGAAGCCUACAAUAGUGCCUUUGACCUCAGCAAAAAAGAGAUGCAGGCCACACAUCCAAUCCGUCUUGGUCUUGCCCUGAAUUUCUCCGUUUUCUACUAUGAGAUCAUCAACUCACCUGAGGAAGCCUGCGAACUGGCCAAAUCUGCUUUUGAUAGUGCCAUUGCAGAGCUCGACUCACUGAGUGAAGAGUCGUACAAAGACAGUACACUAAUCAUGCAGCUACUGAGAGACAACCUGACCCUGUGGGCCUCUGAUAACCAGGCUGAGGGAGAGGAUACAGAGGAACCCAGAGGUUGAGCCAGACCUCCAUAGUCAUCCCCGUCUACCUGCCAUCAUCCCGGCUCAUCUUCGUCAUGAUCAUAUACAAUGACAUCACCUCAUUGUUAUCAUCGUUGUCCAACUCUCUCCAUCGUUUUUCUCUUUAGUUCUCUCAACACUCAUCUCACUCAAAUCCUCCUCCUAUUUACUAUUCCUACUUUUGUAGUAACUGGGUAAUGGGUAUGGGGAUGGGGAGGGAGGGUAAGUUUUAAAUUAUGCAGCAGAAGGUUAAAGGGUGUUUGGGGUUGGUUGAUUGUCUGCUGAACCUUUUUUUUUUUAUGUGGAAGCAACAGGGGGUUGCAUUAAGGUGGUGGGUAAGAGGGCCAGUUCUGAACUCAUGAAAGAUGCAACAGGUUCACUUUUUAGAGUCAGAAAAUAGUUACUGUAUAUGUAUCCUGUUCAUAUUCACAGCCCUGUUCCUGAUUAACACCAUCUUUUCACGAUGCAUCUGUGGGGUCACAAAAUCAGGAGUUGGCUCCUCACACUUAGGAGACAGCAAGUGGUAAAGAGAGGAGGUGUAAUGGUGAGUGCUGGAGACAGAAGACAGGGUUUUGUUGGAACACAAAGGUUACAUUCCAUUUACUGUUCACCUUUCUACACUUUAUUUUGUUUCAUUUUCGGGUGACCUGCUUUUGUAUUUCUAUUUCUAUGUAACACUUACGAGGUAUAGAAAACUUUGAAGAACAAAAGAGCACACAAGCUUGUUACUGUUGUUUCUCUGAGCACAGCGGUAAAGAAAAAUCCCAUGUGCUUAUUUAGUUACUGCUUUUUCAAAUUAAGAUUUCUACUUGUUUUGUCUUUUAUUCCCCCUUUUUUCUUUCAGUACUUGCUAAACUGCAUGUUGGUAAGGAGUAGCUUGUGGAGACGUAUGAAAGUUUGUCAGACGGGCUUAGCUUUGUUCACGUCUUUGGAAUUUUCAUACAGAACACCCAAGCAUAACUGUUAUUUGGGGGCAAAUGUGUGAUUUCAUGUAAGUGGAAUAAAAAAAAAAAAAUUAAAAGU